AUGUUUCCUCCAUCGCAAGGCUUGCGACUGGACAUUGAUGCCAUCAGUCAGAUAUUUGGUUCAAUAAGCAUCGCAUGCUGGAUAGUUGUUUUCUCACCUCAGAUUAUCGAGAAUUGGAAGAGAGGCUCAGCGGAGGGCCUUUCAGUAGUCUUCAUCGUAGUAUGGCUACUCGGCGACUUCUUCAAUAUCAUAGGCGCGGUGCUGCAAGGUGUCCUGCCAACGAUGACCAUAUUGGCCGUGUAUUACACUCUAGCCGACAUCGUGCUGCUGCUACAGUGCUUCUACUACAAGGGCUUUACGUUGCGCGAUGAGUAUAAGAAACCCGCCGAUGAAUCCGACACGGAUAGCGAAGUUAGUGAGCAGUCACCGCUUCUACCUCAUCGCAGACCCCAGUCGAGCGGCUCACCCUAUACAAACGGCAACGGCCAUGGAAUCGAAGUCCAGAGACCGCGCAUUUCGGAUAUCGAUCGCCGUGGCUCAGGCCAUUCCCAAGGGUCAUUCCGUGAGCGCUAUCUCUCCAUUGACGGCACGCAUCUCUCGCCUGUCACACCGCUCCACGAUGACUCAACUGCUGCACAUCAAAAUGGCGCAGUUACAGCCAGGUCUCAGCCGACCCAGUCCAGUCUGCAAACGAUCCUCUUCAAUCUUGGAACCAUAGUUCUUGUAUGCGCGGCCGGUGUUUUCGGUUGGUAUCUUAGCGCACGAAACUCCACCGCUCCCAGCCAGCCCGACGGCGAGGACUCAUCACCCGAAUCAACCCUGCACUUCAACCUUUGGGGCCAGGUCUCAGGUUACGUUUGUGCCGCGCUUUAUCUUGGGUCCCGCGUCCCACAGCUCCUGCUCAACUACCGCCGCAAGUCGACCGAGGGCAUCAGCAUGUUGUUCUUUCUGUUUGCUUGCCUGGGUAACCUGACGUAUGUUCUGAGUAUCCUGGUAUACAAGCCCAAGUGUGGGGGCCACGUUUGUCAAGAUGGGGAGGGACGCGCUGAGUACGGCAAAUACAUUGCGGUCAAUAUGAGCUGGCUGUUGGGCAGCUUUGGCACAUUGUUGUUGGAUGCCGGCGUGUUUGUGCAGUACUUCUUGUAUAGGGUGGACGAUGAUGAGAGUGAUGAGGAAGAGUAG